GAGUCACAGCAUAUACUGUGCAGUGUGCCGGAGUAGUGUGCCGCCCCGUUGAAAAGUCGGACGUCGUCGUCGCUCUCCGUCCCGGACGAACGAUUCAAAAGGGUGUGCGUGCGCGUGACCGUAAAUCGCAACGAGGAGAGCGAGUAAAGGACGAACGGACGGAGAGAGAGCGUGCUUCGCGCGAGCGGAGAAAGGCAGCCGGAGGAAAUAGAAAACCGCGUCGUCACGGUACACCCUGACGUCGUCGUCGUCGUCUUUAUCGUUCCCGUUUUUUUCUUCGUUCUUCGUAGUCCGAUCCGAGUGGCCUAGUCGCGGAAAUGGCAGUCGGCGCACAGAUCGACACGUCCGAGCGGGAGACCGGCAGCGCGAAGAUACCCCUGCUGAACGGCGAUCAGGUGCACGAUGCCACGAAGGUGACCGAAGUGAGCAAGGAGGCAAAUGAAAAUGGAAGCACAAGCACGGCCACGGAGAACGUUGUGGAAAAGGGGGAAGUUGAAGCGACGAAGGAAGGUGAAAAGGAGAAGAAUGAAGACAAUAAAAACAGUGAUAAGAACGAGAAGGACGGCACUGACAAGGAGAAGGAUGCCUCGAAUGAGCAAGAAGUUGUUUUCAUUCAGGACAUGGGCUUCACUGUCAAGAUUGUCAGUCCCGGUUCUGAACCCUUUGACAUUCAGGUGUCCAGUAUGGAGCUCGUACAGGAAAUUCAUCAGUUACUUAUGGACCGCGAAGACACGUGUCACCGCACGUGCUUUUCACUGCAGCUGGAUGGCAACACGUUGGACAACUUCGCCGAACUGAAGAAUAUCGAGGGCCUGAAGGACGGCUCGAUCAUCAAAGUGGUGGAGGAGCCGUACACGAUGCGGGAGGCGCGCAUACAUGUGCGACACGUACGCGAUCUGCUGAAGUCUGUGGAUCCCGCGGACGCUUACAACGGCGUCGAGUGCAGCAGCCUGUCGUUUCUCAAUGUUGUCACGAACGGUGAUAUCCUAGAGAAGAAGAAGACCCGGGCGGAUUCGGUCGAUUGCACGCCACCCGAUUACAUUAUACCCGGUUGUAGAGAUAGGCCCCUGUUGCCUCUCCAACCACAGGCGAAGGAGCAAAAGUGCCCGCCGUGUCUCAAGGUCCUAACAACGUCAGGAUGGAAUCCACCACCUGGCCACAGAAAACUUCACGGCGAUCUGAUAUACUUACACGUGGUCACAUUGGAGGACAAGCAAUAUUAUUUGACCGCGUGCGCCAGAGGUUUCUUUGUCAACCAGUCAACCAAAGAAGUGUUUAAUCCUAAACCAGCUACACCUAGCCAUUUAUGUCACAGUUUGAUCGAGCUGUUGAAUCAGCUCAGUCCAACCUUUAAACGAGGAUUUGCUUCUAUGCAACGGCGCAGGACUCAGAGGCAUCCCUUCGAACGAGUGGCCACACCUUAUCAGCUGUAUGCCUGGAGCGCACCGCAAAUCGAACACACCAUUGAUGCAAUUCGCGCGGAAGACACCUUUUCCUCUAAGUUGGGAUACGAGGAACACAUCCCGGGACAAACACGCGAUUGGAACGAGGAACUGCAAACUACGAGGGAAUUACCGCGUAAAAACCUUCCCGAAAGAUUGCUACGAGAGCGUGCCAUUUUUAAGGUCCACAGUGACUUCGUGGCGGCCGCGACUCGCGGAGCGGUGGCGGUUAUCGAUGGCAACGUGAUGGCGAUCAAUCCUGGCGAGGAAGCUAAAAUGCAGAUGUUCAUCUGGAACAACAUCUUCUUCUCGCUCGGCUUCGACGUGCGCGAUCAUUAUAAGGAGUUGGGCGGUGACGCUGCGGCCUUUGUUGCGCCUCGCAAUGAUCUGCAAGGUGUCCGAGUAUAUGCGGCUGUGGACUUGCCCGGUCUCUAUACUCUCGGCACUGUCGUCAUCGAUUAUAGAGGCUACCGCGUCACCGCGCAAUCUAUCAUACCAGGUAUACUGGAACGCGAGCAAGAACAAUCGGUAGUCUAUGGGUCGAUCGACUUCGGGAAGACGGUUCUCACGCAUCCAAAGUAUCUUGAAUUGUUAAACAAAGCUGGGCAGCAGUUGAAAAUUCUUCCUCAUAAAGUGAUCAACGACGCAGGCGAGGAAAUCGAACUUUGUAGCAGUGUGGAAUGCAAGGGUAUCAUUGGUAACGAUUCGCGGCAUUAUGUGCUUGAUUUGUUGAGGACCUUCCCACCCGAUGUAAAUUUUCUGAAACUUGAAGGUGUGGAACUGAGCAAAGAAGCACGAGCCUUAGGUUUCCCAGUGGAACACAAGCACAGACUGGCCUGUCUGCGGCAGGAACUCAUAGACUCGUUUGUCGAGGCCAGGUACGUUCAAUUUAUCAAGCACGCGGCCGUUCAUCUUCAACAGCUUACAUCAGUUAGAAGAUCUCAAAAGGAAAAAGAGACGACUGUAAAGGAAGAUAAGAAGGAGGACAAAAAGGAAGAUUCGACUGCUAUUGUAACAGUGGACAGUAACAAGGAAGACUGCGCUCAAUCUCUAAUAGAGGCUGAUGAGGCUAAGAAGAUUGUUGAGAGCAUCACUGACUCAAUCACAGGCGGUGAGAAACAAGAACUGGAGGAAAGCACGAGAGAGAUAGUACGAAGAGCGGCGACGGCGGUGGGUAGUCUGCGAGAAGCCGAGUUCGACGUGAGAUUCAAUCCGGACGUGUUCUCGCCCGGCGUCAAGCAUCCAGAUCCUAAUGGUCCCGAUCUGAAGAAGCAGAAGCAGUUGGUGAAGGACGCCGCGGACUUCUUGCUCACUGUGCAACUGCCGACAUUUAUUCGAGAGUGUCUGGAUCAUACAGCGGCCGCGAUGGACGGUAGCACGUUAGUGGAGGCUCUCCAUGGUAGAGGCAUUAAUAUUCGCUAUCUCGGUAAAUUGGCGGCUAUGUUAGCAGCGGUACCACAGUUGCAGUAUCUCAACCGCAUUGCUGUAUCUGAGCUGAUCCUCCGAUCGGCCAAACACAUUUUUACCUCUUACAUGCAGGGUACGGAACUGAUGAGUCUAUCCGCGGCCGUCAGCCACUUUCUGAAUUGCUUGCUGUCGUCGGCACAGAUUAUACACCCGCAACAAAAUCUAGAAGAGCUUCAGAGCAAAACUGCCAAACGCCGCAAUAAACGCAAGGGGAGGAACAACGGGCCACUGCAGUCGGAAGUAGAGUGGGCAUCGUUGACGCCUAAAUCAUUAUGGCAGCAAAUUAAGGGUGACUUAAAGGCUUAUUAUGACUGGGAAACACCAAGCCCGGAAUCUGUGGAAGCCACGAUAGAACACUUCCAUUUACAAAAAAUUUCACUGUUGCGCGGCUUCUGCGUCAAGACCGGUAUUCAGAUACUACUACGCGAAUACAACUUCGAAAACAAGAACCGUGCGACGUUCUUCGAAGAAGACAUAUUGAACAUCUUCCCCGUCGUCAAACAUAUCAAUCCUAGAGCUAGCGACGCAUAUAACUUUUACACCACCGGCCAAAGCAAGAUCCAACAAGGAUAUUUAAAGGACGGAUAUGAACUAAUCAGCGAAGCGCUGAAUCUUCUGAAUAAUGUCUAUGGUGCUAUGCAUCCCGAAAUUGCCCAGUGUCUAAGAAUGUUAGCAAGAUUGAACUACAUAAUGGGUGACCAUGCGGAGGCACUCGCCACUCAGCAGAAGGCUGUGCUCAUGUCGGAGAGGGUUAAUGGUAUUGAUCAUCCAUACACCAUAACAGAAUAUAUACAUCUCGCCUUAUAUUCUUUUGCCAACGGGCAAGUAUCCGUAUCAUUAAGAUUACUGUACAGAGCACGUUAUCUAGCAUUAUUAGUCUGCGGUGAAGAUCACCCGGAAGUGGCUUUACUCGACAGUAACAUCUCGCUGAUUCUGCACGCGGUCGGCGAGUACGAGUUGUCGUUGCGUUUCCUGGAACACGCGUUAGCCUUGAAUCUACGUUAUCACGGUCCUCAUUCGUUGAAGGUUGCGGUAUCGUAUCACUUAGUAGCACGCACGCAGUCAUGCAUGGGUGACUUUCGAGCGGCGCUGAACAACGAGAAGGAGACCUACGCGAUUUAUAAGCAGCAGCUGGGCGAGGAACACGAGAAAACGAAGGAGAGUAGCGAUUGCUUACGCCACCUGACCCAGCAAGCGGUCGUGCUACAAAAGAAAAUGAAUGAGAUUUACACGGGCAAGUCAGGCGUAAGCCUGCCACCGAUUCAGGUGCAGCCGCCUAGCAUGGGCUCUGUGCUGGACAUGCUCAACGUUAUCAAUGGCAUACUUUUCGUGCAAAUUAGCCAGCAGGAUAUCGAUAACUUCAAGGCAGAGAUCGAAAAGCGGCAAAAGGAACAGUCGCCGGAUGACGGCGAAGCCGUCCUGGCAAUCACCGAAAAGAAUUCCAAGAAGAACGAUAAAGAAAUAAAAAAAGCAACGGAAAAAGUCGAGAAGGUCGAGCAGAAGACAACAAAAGACUUGGAAGCUAGCAAAAUUGGCGCCUUAGAGUCGGGCGUGGCGACGAAGAGCUGAGUCUUUCGUUUGCCGACGACGAACAUUAGUAGUCUUUCCUUUCUUUUUUCUAAGCCCUAGUCCUUCGUCGUGAAAAAUGACGAUUUCGCGCGAGGAUCGUUGUGUACG